CACAGCAAAUUCUCACCGAAAGCCAGUGUGAGAUUUCUCAAGCUUUUGGCAAUUGGCAUAAGAAAUAGAGAGAGUAGGGGUUUCCUCAUCCACAGAAUCUGUGAAGUAACAUAAAGGAAAUUCCUUCUUCUUUCUGCUCUGGUUUUCAUCUUUUGUUUGGAAUUUUGUCGCAGUGGGGGAAAAAUGGCUUCAGAUCCAAAAAUUCACAAGUUCGAAGAGGUGGCAAAGCACAAUCAGACCAAAGAUUGCUGGCUUAUUAUUAAUGGAAAGGUCUACGAUGUCACCCCUUUUAUGGACGACCAUCCUGGAGGUGAUGAAGUUUUGUUAUCUGCAACAGGAAAAGAUGCAACCACCGAUUUUGAGGAUGUGGGGCACAGUGAUUCUGCAAGAGACAUGAUGGACAAAUACUACAUAGGGGAGAUUGAUGCAUCAACUGUCCCAUUAAAGCGCACCUACAUUCCACCCCAGCAAGCUAACUAUAACCCUGACAAGACUCCAGAAUUUGUGAUCAAGAUUUUGCAGUUCCUGGUUCCUCUCCUGAUAUUGGGUUUAGCCUUUGCUGUUAGGCACUACACCAAGAAAGAUUAGGGUCCUUUUCUCUUUUUUUAGUUAUGUCAUUGUGAAGGGUCUGUGCUAGUGUGUUUUUUCUUUAAUUUUAUUAUAUACAGGGUCAUUUAAAAGGACAUUGUUCUAGCUUCUUUGUGGUGUUUUGAGCAUUGACACUGGAUUAUAGACUAUUCAAGUUCAGGAACGCAAUGCCUUCCAACCUUCUUUGGCAGCUGUACUAGUGUCGUUACAGUUGAAUAACCUUAUGUUGGAUGAUAAGUUUCUUCUUUUAAAUUCAGUAUCGGUGCUUCAUAAA